UUUUUUUUUUCCUGCGUUAAAAGUUACACAAGAUCCAGUGAUCAUCCAGCAUAGGAGAAUAGACUUCAAUAGAUAAUUAAUCGUUAUCUAGACUCAUCUAACUCUAUGUCUAUCUAGAUCUAGUUAAAGUGAGUCUGAAUUAUUCAAGAAUAGAUCUACUGGUGAUCUAGAUCUACUUAAGAUUAUUAGAAAUGAUGGAGCAGUCAAACAACUUAACAGCUACAUCUUUAAAUGGCUUUUGUGUUGAUCCUUUUUGGGAUGAACAUUUAACUUGGGAGAGUCAAUGGCCCCAGUUUACAGAAUGCUUUAUACACACUGUGCUCGUUUGGAUUCCUUGUGGCUGGUUGUGGUUGUCUGCUCCUGUGUAUAUUUGGUACAUUGCAUCAAGACCUGCUUCCACACCUAAAAAUUUGUUCAGCUGGCUUUUUCUUUUAAAGUUGAUCUUCUUGUGCUCAUUGAUAGUGCUGUCAGGUAUAAAUAUCCUCAAUGUUGUGACACUGAAGAAGUAUUCAGGGGAAGAUUAUGUCAAAGCAGACUUCUUUGAUCCUCUUCUUAUGACAUUUACACUGGUUGCAACCCUUAUUCUUGUCAUUCUGGAAAGGAAGAAAAAUUUUGUCACAUCUGGCGUUCUAUUUAUAUUUUGGCUUUUAUUGAUUUUGUCCAAUAUUGUUAACUUUUAUACCUACAUCGAGUCAAAUGUAUACAGUCAAGACAAGUUUGCCUUUAUUGUAUUCUAUAUGCAGUACUUCAUGUAUCUGAUAGAGUUUUUUCUGCACUGCUUUGCAGAAAAAGUUGACUUCACUUCAUAUAAGGAAAAGCAACCAUGUCCAGAGCUAUCAGCAUCAUUUCCUUCUCGUGUUUCAUUUUGGUGGCUGGAAAGACUCAUGAAGCAAGGGUACAAAGAACCUAUAACAGAACAGAGGCUUCCAGACCUUCAACCUAAGGAUAGAUGUCAGAUUGUCAUCAAGAGAUUUUUAAACUGUUGGAUACCUGCGUUGGCUGCAUCAAAAGCAAAGUCCAGGUUUAAGGUUACUCACCAAAAAGAGCCCACAGAGAGAACAAGGCUUGUGGCUUCAGGUGCAGAUGUGUCAGUCAUCAAAAAGAAACCUUCAGGUCCAUCACUAUUAUACUAUUUAUUUAUUAAAGCAUUUGGUGUGGACCUCCUCAUCAGCCAAUCUUGGAAAUUGUUCUAUGAUAUUUUGCUGCUUACCAACCCAUUGUUACUAGGAGAAUUAGUGGAUUUUGUUUCUAGCUCAUCUCCAGCGUCGUGGCAUGGGUACAUUUUAGCAGUGGCUCUGUUCACUUCCACAGUACUCCAGUCUUUGUUUUUUCAUCAGCUGUUCCAUCAUUCAUGCUCACUGGGGCUCAGAAUGAGAGCUUCCCUUAUUUCUUCAGUAUUCAGAAAGUCACUAACCAUGGAUAACCAAGCCAGAAAAGAGUCUACUAUUGGUGAAGUGGUCAAUUUGAUGUCUGUGGAUGCUUCCAAUAUAGAGAGUGUUAUGAGUUACUUGUGGGCAAUAUGGUCCAGUCCUCUGCAGAUAACUGUGUCUUUAUAUUUGCUGUACAAUGUCUUAGGUAUUUCCAUGUUUGCUGGUGCUGCCUUUCUUAUCCUGUUAAUCCCUGCCAAUGGUGUGAUUUCUUCCAAGAUGGGAACCUUCCAGACACAGCUCAUGGCAUUUAAAGAUCAAAGGCUUAAGAUGAUGAAUGAAUUGUUAACUGGCAUGAAAAUUGUAAAGUUGUUUGCCUGGGAAAAAAGUUUUGAGAAAAAAAUACUUGAUGUGAGAAACAACGAGCUUCUAAAACUGAGGGGACUGGCUCUGAUCAGCUCCAUUACCACACUGUCUUGGGGAGUGGCACCUUAUAUUGUGUCACUCUUAACCUUUUUGACAUAUGUGUACAUCUCAGAGGACCACUAUCUUGACCCCAAGACAGCAUUUGUAGCCAUAUCUCUCUUUGAUAUUCUGCGAUAUGCCAUAAACUUUGCACCCAUGAUAUUAUCUGAUGUGAUUAAGGCUUACAUUUCUGCCAGGAGAAUAGAGAAGUUUUUGAGUCAUGAUGAUCUCAACACCCAUAAUGUCAGACGAGUGGAACAAGCAGAUCAUGCUAUAACCAUAGAGAAUGGCACAUUUAUGUGGAACCCUGAUGGACCCGUUACAUUAAAAAACAUAAAUAUUAGCAUAGAGGAUGGGAGUUUGGUGGGAGUUGUUGGUGUGGUAGGAAGUGGAAAAUCUUCUUUGUUGUCUGCCAUGCUGGGAGACUUGGAGAAGGUUGAAGGACAGGUCAUUCUUAAGGGUAAAGUGGCCUACGUGUCACAGCAAGCUUGGAUUCAGAAUGAUACUCUGAGAAACAACAUUCUUUUUGGCAAGCCUUUGAUGGAUAAGCUGUACAGCCAGUGUCUUGAUGCUUGCGCCCUCCGACCUGACCUAGAAAUACUUGCUGCUGGAGAUAUGACAGAGAUAGGCGAAAGAGGAAUUAACUUAUCUGGUGGACAGAAGCAGAGGGUAGCACUGGCUAGAGCAGUCUAUGCCCAGGCAGACAUCUAUCUUCUGGAUGAUCCUCUCAGUGCUGUGGAUGCUCAUGUUGGUCAGCACAUCUUUGACAAUGUGAUUGGUGCCAAGGGGCUUCUUGCUGGCAAAGUGCGAGUGCUAGUCACACAUCGAAUCAAUUACCUUCCAUUUACUGACCACAUUUUAGUGAUAACAGCAGGGGAGAUCUCUGAGGAUGGGCGCUAUGAUGAACUUAUGUCGCACAGGGGUCCAUUCUCCAAACUAAUCGCCACUUACAUGACGCAGGAGAAUGAGGCUGAAACUUCUAGCAUUGAGUCUUCUGAUGCUAAAGACAAAGAUGAUGAAGAAAGCAGUACAGCAAGCAAAUUACUGAGACGGCUGUCUUCUUCGCUUUCACAUGCAGUUGAAAAAAAGCAUUCAUUUUCUGAACAUGUUGUAAGCUCAACCACUCAACAGAAUGAGGUUGGCAAUCUGAUUGAUGAAGAAACAGUUGCAAUUGGAAGGGUUCCUUUCAACGUGUAUAAAAAAUAUGGGAGAUCACUGGGAUACUUCUUUGUCCUGCUUCUAAUUGCACUGUACAUGGCAUUUAUCGCAACAUUCAUGUGGUCUUCAGUGUUCCUCCGGCAGUGGACAGAUGAUGUCCAUCUAGGAAACUUUACAGACUGGCCAAAUAACUCCACAGAGAGGAAGGAUAAAAAUGAUUUCUACAUCACCAUUUAUGGUGUAUUUGGUAUUUUUCAAGUGUUCUUCCUAUUGGGAUUUUCCAUCACUCUAAGCUUCAGAAGUGUCCAUGCUUCCAGGAGGCUUCAUGGCUCAAUGCUGGACAGUGUGUUGCAUGCUCCCAUGCAGUUCUUUGACACAACCCCUAUUGGACGAAUCAUGAAUCGCUUCUCCAAAGACUUGGAUGAUGUGGAUGAGUCAAUACCCUGGACUCUCCACAUGGGGAUUGACUGUUUCUUUCAGGUCUUAGCUGUACUGAUAAUCAUUUCCUAUAGUACUCCAUUCUUCCUUGCCUUCCUGUUGCCAGUUGGGGCUAUAUAUUUCUUUGUUCAGAGGUACUUUGUGGCUACAUCUCGCCAGUUAAAGCGUCUUGGAGCUAAAACCACAUCUCCAAUAUUUAACCACUUCAGUGAGACCUUGGCUGGUGCCACCACAGUCCGAGCUUUUGGAGCAGAGCAAAGAUUUAUCCAAGACUCAGAUACUAAAGUGGACUUAAAUCAGAUCUGCAAGCUCAUGAAUUAUACAUGUAACAGGUGGCUUGGAGUUCGACUGGAGUUUCUAGGUAACCUCAUUAUACUCUUGGCUGCCAUCAUAGCUGUUGCCACCAAGGAUUCAAUUAGUGCUGGAAUUAUGGGAUUAUCUAUAAGUUUUGCUUUGCAGAUAACAACAAACUUGAACUGGUUGGUCAGGAUGAUCAGUGACCUUGAGACCCAAGUUGUGUCUGUUGAAAGAAUCGUGGAGUACUCAGAACUCCAACCUGAGGCUGCUUGGGAAAAUGAUAAUAACACAAGUCCAGCUGGUUGGCCACAGAGUGGGCACGUAAGUGUGGAGAACCUCAGUCUGCGCUACAGAGAAGGGCUAGACCUUGUCUUGAAAAGGAUCAGUUUUGAAGUGAAAACAAAUGAAAAGGUUGGAAUUGUGGGGCGCACAGGGGCAGGUAAAUCUUCCCUGACUCUUGUUUUCUUUAGACUAGUUGAGCCUGCUGAAGGCAGGAUCUUGAUAGAUGGCAUUGAUAUAAUGAAACUUGGUCUACAUGAACUCAGGAUGAAAGUGACUAUCAUCCCACAGGAUCCAUUGAUAUUUGCUGGAACUCUGCGUGAGAAUCUGGAUCCCUUCAAGAACUAUGAUGAUGAGGCUGUUUGGGUGGCCCUGGAACAUUCCCAUUUAAAGUUGUUUGUUGAAAGCCUUCCAGACAAACUUCAGCAUCAGUGUGGAGAAGGUGGUCUGAAUCUCAGUGUUGGUCAGAGACAGCUGCUGUGUAUGGCAAGAGCACUUCUUCGUAAAACCAAAAUACUUAUCCUGGACGAAGCCACAGCUGCAGUGGAUAUGGAAACUGAUGAGCUGAUUCAGGCCACUAUCCGUAAUGAGUUUAGUGACUGUACCAUCUUGACCAUUGCCCACAGAUUGAAUACAGUCAUGGACUAUGACAGAAUACUUGUUUUGGACCAAGGGGAAAUAAAAGAAUAUGACUCUCCUCAAAAACUCUUAGAGAAUCAACAAAGUAUUUUCUACAGCAUGGCCAAGACAGCAGGUAUUGUAACAUAGGAUGCCUCAAUACCAUGGCAGCAAACACCUUGGAUUAUAAAAGGAUUUCCAUGCUGGACAAACAGCUUUGAACAUUAUAGCAGAGACUUCACUGUAGGGCUCAGUACAUUGUGUUGUUAUUUUCAUUUUAGCUGUUUGUUUCAUAAUUUGUUGUUUGUUUGUAAAAUGUUUUACAUAUUUGGAUGUUCCUUCAGAGUUGAAGAUAAUUUACUUCCUAGUCCGAACCUCUUGCAGGAUGACAGGGAAUGGGAAUGAGCUGGGUUUGAACCCGGGACCAGCGAUAAGUCCGAAUGACAGUCCAGCGCACAAACGCACUACCAGGCAGCCAUCUGAAGUCUUUUCAGACUCAUUCAUAAUGUGUUUAUCAGGAACUUCACAAAGUAUUACAUUGAUUUUUGUGAUGAAAAAUUUUUUGUUUGUGUUUGUUUUUUUUUUUAUUUUUUACAUUUAUACAUUUCACAUAAUGUCAACAUAUUCAUUUGCCAACAGAACAAAAACAUUUUUUUUCAUUAAUAGUUUUUUUUUUAUUGCACUAUUGAGUAUUGAGAAUAGUAUUGAGAGUCGAGCAAAUGCUGGCUUUACAGGAAGAUCAUUUAUUUUGUUGGCCUUCCAUUUCCUUCAACAUUGAUUUGAAUGUUACACAUUGCUGAGUUAUACUUUAUAUUAAUGAACAAAUAUCUUGGCCAUUCCCCAAACUUCAACACUUGGGCAUCACCUCAUUCUUAUUAAAAUAAUGUUUUUUCUGAAGUAAAAUUAAAGGUGAUUAUAUUUUUGUUUACAUUUUGAUAUCAAAACUAUUAACAAUAACUUGCGUCACAUUACUUGCAUGUUACUGAAGAAGCUUAGCUUCUGUGUACAUAUCCUUCCAAAUCAUUAUAAACUAUAAAAUGAACUAAUACAAGAUAAUAACCAUACAUAGUUUUGAUACUCAUGCUGUUUUUCUUCUCCUUUAAAGAAUGAGUAGCAAUAACAAUUGCAUGCCAUUGAAAAUGUUACAUUUUGUUUUUGUAAUCUUGCUAUCCUUCUAUUAGCUGUAUAAUUGUUUUAAGCUUACUGAGACAUAACUUGCAAACUCUAGUUUUUAGGCAAUCAAAAUGUAUUGAGUAAAGAAUGUUUUGUUACUCAUAAACCCAUGAAGUAAACAUCAGCAUAGAUUUUAUCAUUGAAUAGUAUUCAUCUUCGUUAUCAACUCCAUAUGAAUGAUGGCUUGAUAGACUGAAAUCCUCUCUUGCAAAAGCCCUGGAAAGAAACCAUGCAGUAAUGCUUAAUGCACAUACAGGUCAAGAACGUGGCUUCACAACCUAAGCAGUUAGGUAAUUAAUGUAUAAAAAAAAUCAAAACCAUGUCAUUAUUUUUUUUUAUUUUGAAUGAACGUCUUGUCAUAUUCAGCCUUAUUAUUCUGCAUAACACUCUGUGCAAUUUUUUGUUUCUGUGGCAUUUUCUGAACUUGUUAUCAUCAGACUAAGUAAUCCUAGAGUCAAUAAAACUGUUCAUUUUGGAUGAUCAGUCAUUGUAAUGUGAUUGUAACAAUUUUUUUUUAAUACAUUGUGAUUAUAACAAUUCUUUUUUUAAUACAUGUCCUUGUGUUCAUUUUUGUUCUUACAAAUUAUCUUUGAUGAAAAAAAUUUAUACUUACACAAACUGGUUUGUAAUUUUAGCCAUUCUGGCGUACAGUUUUGUUUCAGCCUGUGGCAUACAGUUUUGUUUUAGCCAUCGUGGCAUACAGUUUUGUUUCAGCCAUCGCGCGUACAGUUGUUUCAGCCAUUGUACUCUAGUUUCAACUUUCCCACCAUUACCUCAACUUCAAAAGAAGAUAAUCCUCUCAAGUAUACUGUAAUUGUAAGGUGUUUAAUAUAUCCAUGUACUGGUAUUGUUGGCAAUGGAUAUCUGCCAGGAGAAUAUUGUGAUUUUUGCAAUAAAUAUUUUUAUACUUUUGUUAAAUUUUGAUAUUCAUUUUUUUUGUCAGUUUUUAAAUAUUUAAAGUUUUGUUAAUAUUAGCUACCUAAGCCAAAUUUUAAAGGCUUUUUUUUUAUUACAAAGCUUAUAUCAACCCUAUCUGUCUGUCUGGUAAAAGGUUUGUACACGUUAUUUUUCUCCCACACCCAAGCUCAGAUUAAGCUUUUGCUCAAUUAUUUCUUUUACCUGCCAACACAAAAAUCAGUGGUUACCAAAUUGGUUUGAAGAGGCUGAGGAGGUCUUAGCCCUGACUCCUUUCCAACUGGUCCAGAUAGGAUCUUAGCAUAUUUGGAGAGCUAAAUGCAUGCAAAUAUUUCUAAUAGCACAGAUUUAUUAUUGUUAGUCUAGAUCUAUUACAAAUUUUGUUUAACCCUGACUGACCAAAACUAAUCGAUACAACUACACUUCUACACUUAAUAUAAGCUUCUUUUUUUUAAGGAAUUUUUUUGUAUUUCGCUUGUUAGACUUUAUACUUUCAUUAACUAUAAAAAUUGAUCCAUAAAUGCUGAAAACAUAAUAAUUAUGAUUAGAAUAUUUUUUGUUAUAUUAUAUUAGGAAUAAGAAAGCUAAAAAUGUGUAAUUUACACUCUGUUUUAUGCUGUAAUGUCAGGUAAAAAAAGACACAAAAAGUUGAAGACUUUGUUUUUCAACAAAUUAUUUUCUUUUUAUUGUUAAAGUAUGUUUCAGAAAUAUGGUCUCAUUGUCUCAUCCUCUUACUUAUUAUGUCCCCCUACCAUAUCUAUCCAACAUUGUUUUUUUAUUUGCAAUAGUUUUGUGAUUGAGAUUAUUGGUUUGAAGUGUGAACAAAAUUUGUAUCUGUUAAUUGAAACUUGUCUGUUAACAAAAUGUGUCUCUGUCUUGUGAAAGAAUUUAGAGGUUAAAUUUUUUAUAGCAUGCAAUUUUCCUAUUGAGUAUAAAAAUUAUUUAUACAAAAGCCAGUUAUUACAAAUUUAUUAAAUAAAAUUUUUUGUUACAUAAAAAUU